AUGUCAGCUGCACCUUCCCAGGACCAAGCAGCCGAGCUGAUCCGGUGCAUCCGGUUUUGGCGCUACCGAAGCGAUCUUGAAACUGGUCCAUGUAUGACAGAGCGAAACAUCCUCACCUCAGAGGAUAUAGUUGGGAUCAGAGAUCCAGUUUUCCUGAUGACAACUGAGGAUAUUUCAAGAGCUGUUCGCAGCCUGCUACGGCGCAAUAGAUCAUGGUUUGAUAGGGUUGAGCAACAGCUUCAAUCCAUGUUACAGCUGUGGCAAAUCGUUAUGCAACAGAAGAAGCGUUUUGACGACCUGAAUGGAUUGGCAGCAAUUUCGCCCCAUCGUGAGUUCCUAGAGGCUAUACUUCUUACCGGCCGCUUCAUUCCAGCCAGAGCGAGCCUGGUCCCCGAAUCUCGUCCGCAGAAGAAUGAGAAGCGCGAGGGCGGGCAUAGUACCCCGUUUCUCGUUGUAGAGCCGCAGAAGAAGAAGUAG